AUGGCCGCUAACAGAGCAAAUGUUGAGCUGGUUCCAGUUCCUACUGAAACAGAAAGUCCAGCUUGUCCUCAUGGUCCCACGCUUCUCUUUGAGCGCUUUGAUCAGGCCAGUAAAAAACCCAGACAGUUUUAUGCAUGUUCAGCAUUUAGGGAUCAGAAAGCAUGCAGUUUCUUUCAGUGGGCUAACCAGAAUCCUGAGAUAUCUUCAUUGUCCACCAGGAGUAUAGUGGCACCACCAUACUGCCAUAAACAUUUGCGAAAAAGAUAUUUUGAAUUCAAGAAACUCUCUCGUGAGCUCCGUAGUGUUUGCUGCACCUGUGGCCUUUUGCUGUUGCAAGAAGAAUCAUCCCAGCAUUUGAGUCAAAAACAUAGUCUGAGACAUCAAGUGGGGCUUAAAGAGCUGAAACACCCAACUUCCCUCUUCCAGCCUCUGGAUGAUAACAAGACUUAUGCACAAUACCUUUUUGCAAAGUCCACAGUGUCAUUCUUGAUUGACACAGUUGAACGUCUUGGUUACACACACAUACUUUGUGUCGGAGCCCCAAGGAUCCAUGAAGAAGUGCAGUUUUGUAAAAAAUCUGGCAGAAAUGUGACUUCAUUGUUACUUGAUCUAGAUGAGCGAUAUGCCCAAGUUUAUCCUCCUUCACUCUACAUCAAGUACAACAUGUUUAACCAGCAUUUCUUUGAGACAAGGAGCAAGAGCAGAUUACUGAAGUUUCUGUCUGAGGGAGGUAGUCGUGUUGUCAUGGUCACAGAUCCACCUUUUGGAGGGAUGGUGGAGGCUCUGGUAGCCACUUUUACAAAGCUGUCAGACAUGUGGGUCACGUCUGCUGCAAAACAGUCAUCAGAUUUGGCCAAUGUCAAAGGUAAACUGUUGCCACUGAUCUGGUUUUUUCCUUACUUCAUGGAGAACAGAAUCACUUCUCAGCUUCCGGAGAUGUCCAUGUUGGAUUACAAAGUGGAUUAUGAAAACCAUGUACUGUUUAACAACCAGCACAAGAAGAAAGGAUCGCCAGUUAGGAUAUUCACCAACAUUGCCCAGACUGAGUUCUCCUUACCGCAAGACCAAGGCUAUUGGUUCUGCAAGUCUUGCCAGCGUUUUUCUUCAAAGGAAAACUGGCACUGCUCAGAGUGUGGAGCUUGCACAUCUAAGGAUGGUACAAGAUAUGUUCACUGUGAUAUGUGUAUGAGGUGUGUGAAACCUUCACGUGUUCAUUGCUUCACUUGCCAGAUGUGCCAGCUCAAAGAUCACACUUGUGGACAGAUGAAUUCAUCAGGUUGUCACAUAUGUGGAGAACCAGAUCAUAAACGAAGAGAUUGUCCUCGGAGACCACAAACUGAAAUGGCAACUAUUGGUCAGAAAAGGGAUCUAAAAAGAAAAGCUAACAGCGCUGGAACUAAACACCAAAAGAAAGCAAGAAGGAUAUAA